AAUCUGUUAAAAUAAAUGUCUGCCUUGAAUGCAAAGAUUCAAGUUUUGGAGUUCUGGUACUGCUGGAAACUGAUGAGAAAAUUCACUGAACUGGAACAUGUGAUAUAUCUUGCAGUAUAUGCAGAGUUAUUUGAUGGAUGGAAAUGUGGAACUGCAUGCAAUCCCAAAAGUGCAUCUUGGGGAAUAAUAAAAGUCAAUGGAGAACAGCACCCAGGUGGUGAAGAGGUCCUCAGGGAGCAAGCUGGGGGAGAUGCUACGGAGAACUUUGAAGAUGUUGGCCAUUCCACAGAUGCAAGGACACUGUCAGAAGACUUUAUUAUUGGGGAACUUCAUCCGGAUGAUAGAGGGAAGCUUCAGAAACCAACAGAAACUCUUAUUACCACUGCUCAGUCUAAUUCCAGUUCAUGGUCCAACUGGGUGAUCCCGGCAAUAGCAGCAAUUAUUGUGGCCCUGAUGUAUCGUUCCUACAUGUCAGAGUAAGCGCCUUACUGAGAACUAAUGCAAGAAGAGACUGAUCUGGGAGAGAAUAUAAGCAAUCCUAACCCAAUAUGUUUCUGGAAAAAGCCUGGUGUUUGAAGAAAAAUUCAACUUUUUCAGAAAACUGAACAAUUCUUUUCUGCUGUGCACUUUUCUUAAUGUUGUCUUCUUUGCUGUUCUGAAGUGAUAAAAAGGCAGCAUUUCUCUUUUAGUAUAACAAUUUUAUUCUCUAAUGAAUUAUUUCAUAACUGUAUUGGUUUCUGUGUUAGAGUAUUGUUUUGUAUGUAACACUGAUUCUGGUUAUUUCUCUUUAAUCUGUAAUGGGGUCCAUAGGACUCUCUUUACAUAUAAAUUUUACAGCUUUAAAUGACUACCAAAACUGUACAUGUAUUUGUCCAUGUACACAACUUCACUUAACUUAAAAAAUAAUGUUGUCUUCAAUAUAGUAUGUUUGAAUGAAAUGCUAACUAAAUGUAAUAGAAAAAGCUGAGUGGAGUAGUAGGUAUAGGUGCCUGUAAGCAGUUGGGCCCUACUCAUCAGGCUAUAAUGAGCUGAUUGUCUUUCCUUUCCUCUUGACAUCUGCUCUUACAGUUGUUGUAGAUACUCCUCCUAGCAAACAGUUCUGUUUGGUUCCUGUUGAAAAAUUCAGGGGAAAUACGAAACCCAAUGUUUGGCCCAAUUAUGUCUGUCUCAGUUUUGUGAAAAGUAGUUCUUUUUUGGAGAAAAAAAAAAAAAGUAACUGCUACUAAAUAAUACUGUUCCUGCCAAGCACUCAGGUGACUCUAAGAAUUUGUUCUGGAACUUUUAGACUCUUAUAAAUUCUUGAACUUUGUCAUGUCAUGUACAUUGUAAGGGAAAAAAUGAUAGAUGGAAUCUGUUCCUGACUGUUCUGUGAUGUGCUCCUUGGUGCUUUACUAUGAAGAGAUGACUGUUUUCACUGCUAAAUACAAGAUAACUGAAAGUUUGCAUUUUAUGGUGAACAUUUUUAGUCAUAUGUAAAUGAUCAUGAAUAAAAGUUUAAUUGCUUA